AUGGGCUCCGUAACUAGACAAUAUGAUGCUUACGUAAUAGCAGACGACACAGAAGAAGACAGACUAUUUCUGCAAGAAAUGGCGGACAAUCUGGAAUCGUCAGAGCAUAAUCUUCGUCUUCAUAUCAGAUCACGUGAUGGAGACAUCGAAAUGGAUUACCAAAAGGAAUCAGAAAUCAUUAUGAACGGAUGUGAAAAAGUAAUUGUGGUUUUGACCAAGAAGUUCACAAAAAACGAAAUUGCCAUGUAUCUUCUGAAAGUAGCCGUUUCAAGGUCUCCAGGAUUCCAAAUGAGACACAUAAUCCCAAUUCACCGAGAAGAAUGCAUCGCCCCUAGUUGUAUUCGAUUUUUGACCGCAAAUGACUACACCAAAAGUGACCUUAGACCCUGGUUCUGGCCACGCGUGGCCAUGUGCUUCAGAAAGCAGGCACGUCCAUUUACGUCCAUAUCGACGCCAAGGAAAGUCAAGAAAAAUCUUGCGGACGUUGUCUGUUUACCAGAUAUAAUUAUGGACUCUUUUUCUUCUGUCAAAGAAAACAAAUGGAGGACUAUUUAAACAUUUUAUUUUUACUUUUAGGAUUGUUUUGAAACCAAGUGACCAUUGGACUUUUGUUUUACAUUUUGCUUUCUAGUCAGGGAUUCAAUAUAUAUAUUUUUAAUUUUUUUUAUGUUGUUUUCCCAAGUCUUUUUCUAGUCCGUUAUGUAUCAUGAAUGGUUGUAAAAAGUGCUACAAUCAAAUGUUACUGUCUGUGAUAGGUCUUGUAUGAGAGAUUUAUUUUCGAGCCAUGCAGCCAUUGUCUUUCAUUUGUUUCU